AUGCCAUCUGACGCCAAUAGCAGUCCUAGUGAAUACAUCAGCAUCAGUGACUCUGAUAGUCUGCGCGUUGCGGUUAGUGAAGACAUAAAGUCUCUGGGUUCCUCAUCUCCCGAGGAUAUCAACUCCAGAGACUCGCACAACUCCUCUCCUGCCGACCCUCAUCGCGCAAUGCAUCGCUACUUACCUACAACUGUAGGCCCAGAAGAGCUCAAAGACCUCAUCGAAGACCUUGUUCGCCCCUUUCGCACGCACUCGACAGUGAUGGAGGCUCCGGCGUCUCGCCUUUCUCCUGCUGCUGUUGAUGCUGCGUUGGCUCCACGUCCAGCACCGACAUCAACACCAGGGAUUGCUGGCUCUGGUGACGCGCCUGCAAUUGAUGCAGAGAUGCCUACUGUCGCAACACCAGAUUUACCAGGCUUAGCCAUGUCUCCACCGCUGUCGAUGAUGGUGCAUCCGAGCCUUGAGGCUGCUACAGGCGCGAGUAUGGUUGAUACCAGUUUUCUUGACGCGUCGAUAGCCGAUAAGCCGGUUGUUAGCUGUGACUCUAGGGUGGUUGGGGGCGUGUCUACCGCUCCAUCAGCUGGCGUAUCUUCCGCCAUGGCUACCUCCAUCCCUGCAGUUUCGUCCGCUUCGGAUACGCCAUCUAUGCUGAUUGCUUCCACCAGCCCAAGAACUGUUAUCCUCGAUUACAUCCGGAGUAAUACUCCACAGCAGUUGGGUGCAACGUUUCUGGCCACAACUGCCUCUACCAUUGCACCGAUCCCGGCAAAGUCAGCUACCCCGUCGUUGAUGCCACCUCCACCAGUUGUCAGCCAAUGCCAUAAACUCGCGUUUGGACAACCUUCUGCGCUCCGUAGCUCCGUGGCUCCAUCACUGCAUUCGGAUACCUCGCCCCAUACUUUAUUUGGGCAAGGAAUUGCUACUUCUUCGGUCGUUUCCGGUACGUCUAGGUACUCUCGUCCUCCAGAAACCGCCGUAACCCCGUGGGGGUGCCAAUCAAGUUCGCAUAGUCCAACGGUGAAUUCCCCACCUGCACCCAGCCUACUUGUCCCUCAUAACCAAGGGAUGCUCUCUUCUUUUGCAAGUCCUGGACCUUUUUCAACACGAGAAACUAGUCAUGCACCAGGCACAACUACAACUAGUUUUGGCCAGCCCCUUGCGCCAGCAGGUCUCACAGUACCUUCGCCUAGGGAGCUCAGCCUAAUCAAGGUCCUAUGUGAUGUAAACACUGCCAAGUUGGAAGACAAUAACGCGAUGUUCUAUUUUGGCGUCAUCUGUAUCCAGGAACAUCUAGCCCCGUCUCUUGAGUACCUACGGUAUUUCGACAACAAAUGGGUCGUCAGAUUGAAAUUUGGCGGCCAUGAGGUCUCUAAGCAACAGGCUUAUCUGACUAAAGCCGCUGCCACUGCGGACGCAUGCCGUGGGGGUUUGGCUAUUCUGAAAGGUUUAAUGCCUCUCUGGGUGGUGCCUGAGCCUCCUGAACUUGGCGUUUCGCCUAAUCAACCCCGUUGGAAUUCUCUAUUGGCGUGUAUUCCUGACCCAAUCUACACCCAAUACUCCAAUUUUAAUGGAUAUCGCAAUGAGGUUGAAGUCGCUGGGCUCUCGUUCUUUGGUGUUGAGAAAUGCUAUCCUUCCAUUGACGAAGCGAUUGUGGGAUGUGCCCAUAAGGCAUUGCACUAUCUUCUUAUCACCAAUGGCGCAAAUGGAGAAUUGAUGCAUGGGGAAGCUAAGCCUGGAGCCCUGGCAAACACAGUUGUUACUGCUCCCAGUCUCCCAAAAAAACCAGAACCAGUCAAAGUGGACUUGACAAAAUUUCCGUUUAUUCCCUCCGGUGGUACUGCUGCCCUCUCAAAGAGGGCACGUAAAAGGGCUGGAAAGAUCCGCGGGAAGGAACUGGCUUUGGGUGAAGUUACUAAUACACCUAAGAAGGCAAAGGGGCGCGAAACCCAAGGCCCACAGAUUCCAACCGCCGCAAGUGCCACUGGAGCCAACUCAGUUAAGGUCAAGACUGUUGAAGACACCGCAGGCAGCGGACCUGGAUCCAAACUUGUUACGCCUACAUUCUUCAACCCUUCCUUGAAGGCUCAAAACCCAUCAACUAACUCCGAGGUUCCCAACGCAGCAGAGUUUGCCCAGGCCAUUUUCUUCCAGUGUCGCAUCACGGGCAGCCGCUCAACAUUCAACAAGAACCCAUGCACUGCCAGAGAAUUCAGAAUAAAACUCAAGUCCUACGGAAAUGACCUUCUUCGCGUUAAGAGCAUCUGUGAUCGUCUAUCUAUCCACGCUCCUGAUUUUCCAGUGAAGGUUUUUAACGUCAAAGGAAGCCCUAUGCACUUUGAGGUUGAUGCAUUUUUCCACAAAGAUGCUGCCCUUCGUAAUUUCAAACGCAUUGGUUUCACAAAGCACCAGAGUAAGCCGGAAGCCGAACUUUUAUGCCAUCAAAACACAGUUGUCUUCCUGAUGGAAGUUAUGAUGGGAGUUAAUCAGCUGCAAAGUGGAAACUGGAUUGAAGAAGCAGCAAUGACGGAUAGGACAGGGUUCUAUCUCUAA